AUGCCACAAAUUCUACCUCUCCCGCAAUCGACCGCAGACCCUUCUCCAGCAGAUACUCCAUUUGAGGAGUGGCCGCUCUCAGAAUUUGGCGAGUCGACCGAGAACAGUCCUCCGGGAUUCUGGGUAGCUGUUUACUCUUCUCUUGAACUUGCCCUGGUCGAAUGCCGAUUUGGCCUUGCGCGCAGUUGCGGACAUGACACGUGCAAUGAUUGCAUCUCGGUAGGCUCACUCGAGGAGUCCGUGGUCGUCUGGGUCCGCACUCCGCAGGCGUUUGGAGUCGACCUCAUCCUGGAGGUCCUCAGCGAGGGUUCGCUUGUCGCAAUGUCGGCCUGGGACUGGAACUUGUGA